AUGAGCCUUGCAAGAUACGUAAAGUUAUCGAGUCCUAACCUGAAUAAUCUUAUUAUACUGGGUAGCGUCAUGAUGUAUUCAUGGAUCUUCUUGUAUGGACUAGACGGAAACCUGGUGGGGUCUCAUUCCCAUCAAACCAUAUGCCAGCUUCGGAAUUGGGUUCUCUCCAUUGGAUUCGUGAUAGCUUUCGGUGCUAUGUUCAGCAAAACCUGGAGGGUACAUCGUGUGGCUACUUUUAAGAUUAUGCCAAGAAAACGAGUGAUUCGUGACACGCAGCUUUACCUCAUCGUCCUUUUCCUCGUCGCAGUCGACUUUGUUAUCCUUCUCGUCUGGCAGAUCGUUGAUCCGAUGGUCCUUGACAUCAGGAAUCUAUUUUUGAUGGUGAGACAGUCACUGUAA